UAUAUGUUGGGUAUAAAAGUGUGUCACUUUAUAUUAUAUAUGUUGGGUAUAAAAGUGUGUCACUUUAUAUUAUAUAUGUUGGGUAUAAAAGUGUGUAACUUUAUAUUGUAUAUGUUGGGUAUAAAAGUGUGUCACUUUAUAUUGUAUAUUAUGUGUAUAAGUGAUAACACGUAUCUUAAAGUUGUUUUCAUUUCAGAUGAGAAUUGAUGAAACUCGUCUAAAAGUUUUUUUUGUUUCGUGUGUCAAUAUACCCUGAAGGUGUACCAGUCAGAAAUCGAUUGUGACGUCAUGAUAUGAAAGUGACAACAAUGAAUUCAGGAAAAUAAAAUAGUGCCUCCCUUAUAUUUAGCCAUCUUCAUUUUGACUUGAAACAUUAAAAGAAAAUUUUAAAUGUGAUAUUAAAUUUGUAUUCAUUUCAACAGUUUUUAAUUUAUGCUCGCAAAGGCUCACAAAAUGAAAAAAAAAAACAAUUCUUAGACCCGUUUCAUAUGAAAGGAAAACUCAUUUAGGAUCCGAUACUUAUAUUUCCACAAAACGUAACGGUAUGUAGUAGCAAUCGGACCAAUGCGCAAAAUUAUGGCAUGUUUUCGUCUCAACUGAAAUAUCUAAUGAGCUCUUUUGGAAUUAUCAUCACGUUGUAUGAAUCAAGUCCACAAACGUGACAUGGACGAUAACAUCUCUGCAAUAAAUUCUACUCUGACUUGGUCAAUUCCAAAAAUACAUACGUCAUAUAUUAAAUUUGCUUGAAUGCUUUGCUAUUUUGUACGCCCAAUCAACACAACAGGGUGGCUUCACUAGUAGGGCCCACACACGUUUUAGUUACCUCCUAGCGGUGACAUAGAACUGGCAUUAUUCUUUGAGGCUGUUAUACCCAACAUCAGAGUUCUAAACGAAGGGGGAGGAGUUUGUUGGGCCGAAAUAGUCCUAUUCUACAACAUGUGGCAGGAUACGGAUUGAAAGCAUCGUGAAGAAAUAAUAACGAUGACGGCUACCAUUCGUUGUUCGAUUGUAAACUGAUCACCGGGUUUCCCCAAGAGCAAUGUUACGUAGUACGAUAGGAAAUAAGAAUAUGGCGGUACACGAGUCGCAGUGUUAACGUAACUGAUAAGAUUUAAUUUAACCCUAUAUACGCUGGCUUUAUCUCUCGUGUUCCAUGUGUCCGAGGACAAUGUAUUUAAACCUUCUACAAACCUGAAACAACAGUAUUUUGAUAAUGACACGCGUCCUGUCCAGGGCCCACUAUGUUAGCAUUGCGGUUAUAACGGUGAUACUUUAUACAUGGUUUUCUUCCCAAUCAUUACCUAACAUGAUUAUAAAACAUCAAGACCAUCCAGCAAAAACCACGUCAGAACCGAUACGUGUACACUAUUUCAACAAGCCCAAGGGAGUUAAUGGAUCACGGUUUAAAUUCUGUAAACAUAAAUGCUACCUUACAUAUGGAAUUUCAUCGUAUGAAACUAGUCAUGUUGUUCUCUUUCAUGGGCCAACGUUAGGGUCGUAUGUAACAUCGCCACCCACAAAGUAUCCGGGUCAAAUAUGGAUCCUUCAUGGGAAAGAAUCCCCUGUUAAUUAUGUUGGCUCUCUUAAAACAUGGAGGCGAGUUUUCAACUGGACCAUGACGUAUCGUCGAGAUUCUGACAUCAUUGCUGUGAACGGCAUAUUUAUGCCAAAAACAGAUAAUCUACAGCCUAGAAAUAAAACCGGAUUGUUUAAGUCGAAGAUAAAAAGUAUUGCUUGGUUUGCCUCAAAUUGCCACACAAAUAGUAAGAGGGAACAUUAUGUAGAUACGCUUCGUUCCUUAAUGGAUGUAACUGUAUAUGGGAAAUGUGGAAAAGAAAAAUGUGCAAGAACUAAAGACAAAACAUGUAUGGUUAUAUUGAAGAAUGAUUAUAAAUUUUACUUGUCAUUUGAAAAUUCUCUUUGUCUUGAUUAUAUAACGGAGAAAAGUUUUAAAGUGUACCGUCACAAUUCCUAUGUCAUACCUGUGACUAUGGGGUUAGAGAAACACCAAUAUGCAAUGUAUUUACCCCCAAAGUCCUUCAUUGACACGGCGGACUUUCCUUCAGUGCAUUCACUAGUGAACAAACUUCAGACCAUAACAGAAAAUAAAUUGAUCUUUGAUACAUAUUUUGAAUGGGAGAAUGAUUACACGUCGGACAUUUACACACCACAGGAGUUUUGUCAGUUGUGUGAACGUUUACAUAACGAGGAUAAAUAUAGAAAGCUAUAUGAUAAUAUUUCUGCCUGGUGGAAAAGAGAACCAUACGGUAAUAUUUGCAGGAACAGUUAAGUAAUGUUAAGCUUCAAAAUGUGUACAUAUAAUGCUAUUAUUUCAAUAAACGUGUUAAACUUUCGGAAAUGAA